CCGGCGGAACGCUCUCAAAAGCGCUGGGCCACAGCUGAGAACGGACGUGUGCGCGUGUGUGUCUGUGACAAAUAUUUUCCCUAAAAUACAAAUUCUCCUAAUACAAUUGGAAAAUGUAAAGUAAAUAUAUUCCUAUGCUAUAACAAAUAAACACAAAUCAAAAACUUAAUCAAAGCUUAAGCAAAACCCCUAACAAAACCUUGACAAGACGCGAGUGAAGUUAAUACUCUUUAGUUGCUAUUGCCCCACAAAAUGCUGCCAAACCACGCCUGAGCCUCAAUCUCAAUCUCAACCUGAACUAGGGCCAGAACCAGAACACAACUGUGAUCAUAGACAUAACAACGAUAGUGGCAUAGUGGUGCCGUAGGAAAGCCAUUGGAGAAACCAGGAGAACCAGCGUCACAGCCAAAGAUGAGGGAAUCCGGGGACACAGCCAGCAGCCUGCCAGACCGCAAUUGAGCGAUUUAUAGAUCCGCAGAUAAUACACGGGACCGGAAAAUCCAAAUCAAUUACCCCGGCGAUAGCAAUCGGCAGAGGAAAAGGUGCAGGACAUCGGCCAACAGAGCAGCACAUUCGCCAAAAAGGAGGCUGUAAUGACGACAAUUGACGCGAUGUAGCGCAGACUUAUGGUCGGCGAACGCGACAGGGACCGUGAGGCGGUACGCUGGGCAACGGGUGAAUCGACACCGCUUCAAACCAAUAAUGGAGUAUUACAAAUGGUCGGGCAAUUGCAAUGUGGACAGGCUGCUGGCCAGCAACAGCAACAGCAACAAGCGACUCAGCAACAGCAACUCUCGAAGCAGCAGCAGCAGCAGCAGCAACAUCAGCAGCAGCAGCAACAGCAGCAACUGCAACUCAAGCAGCAACAGCAACAGCAACAGCAGCAGCAACAGGACAUCCUGUAUCAGCAACAUAACGAGGCAAUUGCAAUUGCACGCGGACUGCAGGCUGCAACACCUGCCGACAUCGGCGAUAAUCAGCCGUACUACGAUACAAGCGGUAAUGUCGAUUGGGAGCGGGCGAUGGGAACCGGUGGAGCUGGUGCAUAUGGUGGCAUCGGCAUCGGAUCUCUACCAGCAGCUGGCGGUGCUGCUUAUCACCUUGGGCCAGCUAAUACCGCCGGCCUCGUUUCUCGUCACCUGGAUUACGCUGAUGGCGGCCACCUUGCUGGCCCAUCCGCCGGUCUUCCUGCUGGUGCUGUGGGAUCAGGAGCAGGAGCGGGUACGGGUGCGUCAGCGGGAGCAUCAGUCACGGGAUCAGGAGCAGGAGCAGGAUUGGGAGCAGCAGGGACAGGGACAGGAACUGGAGCCGGAUCUGGAUCAGGCGGUGGAGCAGCAGGCAAGGAAGUUCGCUACGCCCCAUUCCCAGUCGCAUCACCAACGCACUCGAUUCCCACAACUUCCCAGCAGAUCGUUGGCAGCGUCGGUGGCGGGGGCGUCGGUGGUGCCAGCAGCCAGUCGAUUUCAGGCGGUGUACCAACUCAUAGCCAAAGCAACACCACCGGCGCCCUGCAGCGGACACAUUCCAGAUCCAUGUCCUCCAUACCGCCGCCCGAGCCGUUCAUGAUAGCCCAGUCGAAGGCGGUCAACAGCCGCGUGUCCAUCAACGUGGGCGGGGUGAGGCACGAGGUACUGUGGAGGACGCUGGAGCGGCUGCCCCACACGCGACUCGGGCGGCUGAGGGAGUGCACCACCCACGAGGCCAUCGUGGAGCUGUGCGACGACUACUCGCUGGCGGACAACGAGUACUUCUUCGACCGACAUCCGAAGAGCUUCAGCUCCAUCCUGAACUUCUAUCGCACCGGCAAGCUGCACAUCGUCGACGAGAUGUGCGUGCUCGCGUUUAGUGAUGACCUGGAGUACUGGGGCGUCGACGAACUGUACCUGGAGUCCUGCUGCCAGCACAAGUACCACCAGCGCAAGGAGAACGUCCACGAGGAGAUGCGCAAGGAGGCCGAGUCCCUGCGGCAGCGCGACGAGGAGGAGUUCGGCGAAGGUAAAUGCGCCGAGUACCAGAAGUAUCUGUGGGAGCUCCUGGAGAAGCCCAACACCAGUUUCGCCGCCCGGGUUAUCGCAGUGAUAUCCAUACUAUUCAUAGUCCUGUCUACCAUAGCCCUGACGUUGAACACCCUACCACAACUACAACACAUUGACAACGGUACACCACAGGAUAAUCCGCAAUUGGCAAUGGUUGAGGCCGUGUGUAUCACGUGGUUCACUCUAGAGUACAUACUUAGGUUUAGCGCCUCGCCGGACAAGUGGAAGUUCUUUAAGGGCGGCCUUAACAUAAUCGAUCUAUUGGCAAUACUCCCAUACUUUGUUUCGUUAUUUCUAUUGGAAACGAAUAAGAAUGCAACGGACCAGUUCCAGGAUGUGCGUCGGGUGGUGCAGGUCUUUCGCAUCAUGCGCAUCCUGCGAAUCCUUAAGCUGGCCCGUCACUCAACGGGCCUGCAGUCGUUAGGCUUUACGCUGCGUAACUCGUAUAAGGAACUCGGUCUACUAAUGCUGUUCCUGGCCAUGGGCGUUCUCAUAUUUUCUUCGCUGGCAUAUUUUGCCGAAAAGGAUGAAAAGGAUACAAAAUUCGUUUCAAUACCGGAAACAUUUUGGUGGGCGGGUAUUACAAUGACAACUGUUGGCUACGGGGACAUCUAUCCCACAACUGCACUGGGAAAGGUUAUUGGUACUGUGUGUUGCAUAUGCGGUGUUCUGGUAAUCGCUUUGCCUAUUCCCAUCAUCGUUAACAAUUUUGCUGAAUUUUAUAAGAAUCAGAUGCGCCGCGAAAAGGCCCUCAAGCGUCGCGAGGCACUCGAUCGUGCCAAGCGCGAGGGCAGCAUUGUCUCCUUUCAUCAUAUCAAUCUGAAAGAUGCCUUCGCCAAGUCCAUGGAUCUCAUCGAUGUGAUUGUCGACACAGAAAAGCGCGAGAGUCACACACGUUCACUCAAAAAUUGGCACCGUUUAACCCACGCGCUCCGCCGAUCGCCCACAGGCCACAAUCUCUCGCAAACGGACGGCAACAGCACCGAAGGCGAGUCCACCAGCGGACGCAAUCCGGCCACCACCGGAACCGGAUGCUAUAAGAAUUACGACCACGUAGCCAACCUGCGCAACUCCAACCUGCACAACCGACGCGGCUCCAGCUCUGAGCAGGAUGCAGUGCCGCCGUACAGCUUCGACAAUCCCAAUGCCCGCCAGACCUCGAUGAUGGCCAUGGAGAGCUAUCGCCGCGAGCAGCAGGCAUUGCUGCUGCAACAGCAACAGCAGCAACAGCAGCAGCAGCAACAGAUGUUGCAGAUGCAACAGAUUCAGCAAAAAGCGCCAAACGGAAAUGGAGGUGCGACCGGAGGAGGAGGAGUGGCCAACAACCUGGCCAUGGUGGCCGCAUCCAGUGCGGCAACAGCCGUGGCCACAGCCACCAAUGCCAGUAAUGCCAGUAACACCGCUCCCGGAUCAGAGGGCGCCGAGGGAGGCGGCGAAGGGGAUGGGGGCGUGGUUGAUGACGACAACCUGUCCCAGGCGAAGGGACUGCCCAUCCAGAUGAUGAUCACGCCCGGGAUUUUACGGGGACGCAGUAAGGAGGAAGUGGCCGAGCUGCGUCGCCAGGUGGCCCUGGAGAACCUGCAGAACCAGCGGAUGGACAACCUGGAGCAGGACGUGCCCGUGGAAUUCGAGUGCUGUUUCUGCACGACCAAGGACUUCAAGGAAUUCACCGACGCGGAGGGCGUGAUCUCGCUGCCCACCUCCGACUUCCACAAGCCGAUCUGUCUGGAGAUGCGACUGGCGGCAGCGGGUCGUCAAGCAGGCGCCUAUGGACUCCUCUCCCCGCUGCCAGCCCCUCUGCCACCGCUUCAUGGUCCGCUCCUGGCCCUGCCCCCGCCACCGCCACUGCCACCAACGUCCUGCGCCGCCGUCCUUUUGCCCGCCAUUUCGCAAUCCUCGUCCACAUCGUCGUCAUAUGGCACCACCACGUCCACCACCAUUGCCCUGCCGCUGGACAUGUCCCUGAGAUACGGGGCCACCAUCUGCAGUUCGUCCAACUUCAACCACAACUACAACAACAACUUCAACACCACCACAGUGGGCGGUGGAGCCAAUGGAACGCUCCUCUUCGGUGGCAACUACAAUGGCAGCAAUAACAACAAUGCCGACCUGGCCAGCGUGGAUAGCUCGGACACCUAUGCCAGCUGCCAGACGCAUCCCUUCCUGUCCCAAGGAGAUCUCACGGCGGACUUCAAUGACGAGGCCUGCGCAUUGGACAUCGAUAUGGAUAACCUGUACAUAAAUCCCCUGGAACGGGAGCAGCACCAGGGAAUCAGCAGCUCCACGGGCUUCAUUGUGGGCCUGCCCAGCACCAAUUCAUCGGGUGGACUGCGUGCCCAGGUGAAGAAGAGCGCAUCGGGGGAUACGGCUCUCAGGAACUUGGCCGCCGGAGGCGGAGGAGCCGGCGGCUUGAGUCCCCUGGACGACGUCUACCAGAGCUUCGAUGUCCAGGAGCGAGGAAGUCGGGUCAGCUUGAACGAGAACUCAGUGCCAAAGCAUCGGAAGACGCGGUUCCAGCAGAGCUUCACCGCCAUGCGACCCAGUGGAGCAGCCGGCGUCCUUGGAAGCAGUGUCCUGGGCGGCAUGCGUCCUCGUGCCCGCUUCGAGGACACCAAGCUGGACGACGAGACGGGCGGCCGGAGGGAGGGAGAACUGGCCGGAGGUUCCGGCAGUCCGGCGGCCAGCGGAUCCGGCGGAUUCGGCGGUCAAGGACCCAAGAAGAAGCGCUCGGUAUUCAUGCCGGGCAAGAGCUUAGCCACUGCCACCAAACUGAUCAACCAGCAUUUGUUUGGCAUACAGAAUGUGGGCGCCAAAGCCAAGUUCGAGAGCAAGCAUUCCUCAUCGAUAGACUCGAUUGACGCCUCGCCCAAUCUGGAGCACCAUCGGCGCUCCAAGUCGAUCCUGAAAAACAAGUCUGAUAUCUCGCGCGUCCUGUCCGAUCCGGAGAGCGAGCGUCUCCUGGCGGACAACAUGUCCGGCUCCGGCGUCUCCGACAACGGCACCGUUAUGGGCGAAUCCGGCAGCGAUUACUCACCGAAUAAAUUACCUCAUUCAGUUUUAGCUAAGUCUAUAUCCCCACCACCCCUCAGGCACCGCACCCUAAUGCACCAGCGCUCAGGACCAGCGACCUUGCAAUCGAAGCCCACUAAGUUCCAGACCCCUCGCUAUCCCGAGGAGCAGGCACUGCGCCAGGUGAAGCCGCUGCUCUCGCGAGGAACUCCUUCCACAUCCGCAUCCGCAGGAUCGGCGGAUGGCCAGCAGACCAGGGACAGCAGUCUGGACUCGGAGACGACCUUCACAUCGCCAGUGAGCCAACGAGCUGGCGAGGAUCCCCCGACUGCUGCUCCGAGCCAAGCUGCAGUGCCUCCUGCCCAGGAGGAUCGUGAGGAGGAGGGCGAAGCCGAAGCCAACGACGAGCAGAGGGCUCUUCUCCAAAGAGGCGACGCCGAGGAGGCGAAGAGGGCGAAGAACGAGGGCACGUAGCAAUUAGGGACCCACACACAAAACGACACCCAGAAAAUGUAAAAAAAAAAGAGUACCUUUUCCAAAGGGAAACCCUCACAACACACAACUCACACGCACACACACAGACACACAACUCACACACACAAAGCAUACAAAGGGAAAACUCAAAGUGAUAGCAAAGUUAGCAAACAUGGAAUGUGAAUUAUAUAAAAGCAAUGAACAGUAUCCUAGUCUAGAGAUGGUGGGACGAUCCCUAGCAGAUCCCCGGAAUUCGAUCUGCGUAUUUUUACAACUAGAAAAGAAAAUGAAGCAACCCGAGCAACCCGAACUGCAACAUAAGUGUUUCGGAGCCGCGCAAGUCGUACAAAACAGCAAAAAACCGCAAAAAAAUAAUAUUAUUAAUACCAAUACGAUAGGUGGAGUAACUAUAAACGUGAAGAUACCGUGUAUAUAGCAGAGCCCAAUCCACUCGUGUACAGAGCAACCUUUAUUUACCGCCUUCAAGACACAGCUAACCGAAAGUAUAUAGACGAAGUCACCAAAAAGCCUAAAUAGCAAACAAAUGAAACCGAAAUAUUCAUAUUUUGAAUGCCACUUAUAAGUAUAUACAUAUAUAGAAUAUACACGCAUCGCAAUUGCAGCUCGCAUAUUUACACAUUAUAUAUACAUACAAACUAAGCGAUAUACAUAUAUAAAAAUAUAGCUCCAACUAUUUUUCAAACCGCGCUCUAAAACCCCGCAGAUCGGAGGCUUGAGGGGAGUUACAGAAGUGGAGGGGGGAUGCUACACCCCAGCCCAUCCCAUUAGAUCCGAAUUAGAUCAGCAUGGCCAUGCAUAUACGAGUAUCUGUAUGUAAAUCGUUCGUUCAAAUUCAAAUUCAUAAUGUCAAAAGUAGUUGAAAAUCGUUGGUUCGUUUCUAUAUCUAUAAGUACUUGUGCGUGUGUGUAGGGCUUAGGGCUUAUCGAUAGAGCUUGGCUUGGCUUAGUCCCCUGAUAUAAUCUGAGUUGCCACCUAUGAAGUAGAGAGAUUGAGGUUGGUUGGGAAAAUGCAAUAUUGCUUGAAUGUAGAUGUUGUUAUUUGUUAUGUGGGCAACCGAAUGCUUUUCUAGGGUAUGUGAAUAUAUCUAUCGCAACCCACGGAAUCGCAUUCUAACCACCCACAUACUGUUAGUUAGUUAUGAAGCGUGUGUGUGUGUUAUGUAUGUUAGUUAGUUGAGUUAGUUAGAUAGUUGACUUGAUGUUUAGUUCCCUAGUCCGUUCUCCGAAUACGUAAGCAAUAAAAUUGGAAAUCCUCGCCAAAGGGGGACUUUCCCCGUUCGAGGAGCGUGUUAGUCAAUUAUUGCAACCCAAGUUGUUUUUUUCCACAUUCCAUUCAGUGUAUGCGUGCGAGAGUGUUUCGGCUUUGGUGUUCUAGUAUACCGAUUUGGCAGGUUUCCAUAUCCUCCAUGGGUUAUCCCGACCGAUCUGUCCAACUGGCUUGCGUUUGUCCUGUUUAGUUGCCUCUGCUCGGCCAGCGAUGAGCCAGGAUGCGAGUUAGCCUCUUAGAAACAUAUCAGUAAAGGGAAUACGAACUCACACACUCACUCACUCACUCACUCACACAUCCAAACGUAACACCUCACACAGAUACACACGCCCACACCCAAAAGCCACAAACGAACAAACACCAAACACCACACUGUAAGAAAACUACACAAAUUUUAUUACGAGACGAUAAUAAAAUGUCUCAACGUCCGCUUUUCGAAUUGAUAAGAACACAAGCAUUGACACAACAGAACUAAGCAAAACAAAAAAAAGAGAAAACCAAUGCAAGAAAAACCUUAUUCGAUAACUAAUAUUAAAGCCAAGAACUCGAGGUAAUAUAGUUAAACAUUUUUAGAAAUAUGUGUACGUAUUAACAAAUGCUUGAGGCAUCCAAAAAUUUUGUAAGCAAUUCAUUUAGGAUUAUCUACACGGUUUUUUGGUGAGCACCGGCCACAUUCCGCCACUGCAUAAUAUUAAUUGUAACUUUUGUAAAUAUUUAUUUCAUAUACAAGACCCUAAAAUCGAAUUUUCUGUUAUACUUUUGUUUUGUUAAUAUUUUGUAAAACCAUUUACGCCAGCAGCAAACGAAUUGAACUUGAAUUCAAACUAACGAGAUAUACUAAGUAAAUGACGAUGCAGAGACAGAGCAAAUACACGUGCAAAAGCAACAUGUUAUUAAUAUUUAAAUUAUUUACCUAACGAUACAUACAUUUUAAUGUGUAGUCUGAUGGCGACGACGAUUGUAAAUCAGCUAAAUUGAAUAACGGAAAUCGUUGACAAGCAUACAAAUUUAUUAAAGCGUAUUUAAAUCUAUAUGAGCGAAAAGUCAUGAAAAUAUAUAAAUCAUUGAGUAACA